CACUUUGUUUUCUCAUAGGAACUCAUUAAAUGGAAAUAACAGAAGAGAAUCCUGAUAAGUCUUAAUGUGACUGUGAGCCAGCAAUGUGAUGAGGCUACAAAGGAGGCAAAAGUUAUUCCACAGUGAGAUGUUGAAAUUUACCAUACGGAAUUUACUCUGAUAGUUCCGAUUUAUGUUGGCAAUGCUGGGCUCCAAAAGCAGACUACAUACAACAUCGUCUGGACUUGCCUAAACAAACAAUUCUGGAAUGACGUUAUAGCCAAAAUUCAUCAGUUCACAGUCUUACCAGUACCAGCUACCAGAAAACUGCAAAGACCAGCUGCACAACCAUAAAACUGAUAUGUUGCAAGAUAUCAUUAGAAAGACUUUUCGACUUCUUGGAUAUACUAUUCAGUAUGGGUGCAUAGCACAUUGUGCCUUUGAAUACCUUGGAGGAAUUGUUGUGUGUUCAGGACCUUCAAUGGAGCCUACAAUUCAAAAUUCUGAUAUUGUGUUUUCUGAGAAUCUUAGCUGCCAUUUUUAUAACAUUCAGAAAGGUGAUAUCAUCAUUGCGAAAAACCCAAGUGACCCCAAAUCAAACAUAUGUAAAAGAGUAAUUGGCUUGGAAGGAGAUAAAGUCUGUACAAGCAGCCCUUCAGAUUUUCUUAAGACCCACAGUUACGUACCUAAAGGACAUGUUUGGUUAGAAGGUGAUAAUCUCAGGAAUUCUACAGAUUCCAGGUGUUACGGUCCUGUUCCAUAUGGGUUGAUAAAAGGACGCAUUUGCUUGAAGCUCUGGCCUCCGACUGAUUUUGGAUUCCUACGUGCAAGUCCCAACAGUCACAGAAUUUGUAAUGACUAAGUGAAUUAGGCACAGUCAUCUAUGCUGACUUCUUUACUAAUUUUUAAAAGGCUAGUAAUAUAUUUUGAUAUAAAAUAAAGAAGAACAUCGAGACGUUCCUUGUAGGUGUAAGGGUCAUAAUAUUGGGAAAUAAUGUUGCUUCAGAUAUACAACUAUUUCCAUUUAUCCCAUUUAUAAAUCCUGACAGUC